CCUGGUGCUUGGAGCCAGAUGGGUCAGCCAGAAGGCAGUCCUCUGGGCUAAGGGAGAGACUCAUUAUGCAAAUUGGACUUGGUGUCUCUCUGUGACCAUAGAAACCAAACUAAUUCUCUUUCAACAGGGCUCUGAAGAAGGGUCAUUUAACUCUGGCAAAGGAGGAUCAGCCACACAGACCCUCCUGGAACAUCCCAGGAACUCGGCACCCAACCGAGAUGGGAUGCCACUCCAGCAAGAACACCACAGUGGCCGGGGAGGCCCAGGAACCCGGAGAACACCCUGCGGGAGAAAAGCCAGAUCUGGAGGCCUGCCCUGAGGCAGCUGAUGGCAAAGAUGUCUCACUGAAGGAGGGCGCCCCUGAGCAGAAGAGCUGAGAUGCUUUUCUCUGGAUUCAGACCCUCACCUCAUUCCUGGAACUGCCUUUGAACAAUGAAACCUGAGACAAACUCCACGCUGAGAAGCUCCAGAUGGAGGAGAGAGAAAUCCCUGCCUUUGGGAUUCAGGCCUCAGAAGUCACUCUCAUCAGGCUUCUCUCUUUGGAGUUGUGAGGAAGAUGAGGCCGUGAGGAUUCCUGUGUGCUCAGCUGUCCCAUAGAGAGGACAAAGGAAGUCUUCACACAUGAUGGGACUUUCCCACAGCUUCUGGGAAUGGGUGAGCCCCACGCAGACUGUGCUGGCUCCAGGGAACAUCUGCUGCUGGGCUGUGACUGUCCAGAGACCUCCACCUGCCUCACUUUUCCAAACUCGGGUAGCUCCGUGGUUUUGCAUUAACUGGGGAGUGGGGCUCUCGGUUUCCUCCUCCUCUUCCUUUUUUUAAUAGCUGGCUGAAUAGCCAACGCCCCAACAGGAAGGUCUUGCGUUCAGCUCCCUCCAUGCUGUUUGUAUGAAUUAUUUAAUAUUUAACUGGGAGAAUUGUUAAUGAAUUAUGGGAACAAUCAAGAUCAGUCUGUGAUCACGCACAUGGAAGGCCACGAGGCCUGAUCAUCCAGUAAGUGGAGCUCUGAGCACUGGUGGGAAGGAAAGAGGAGAGAUUCGUGUUCCUGGUUUUUUAUUCCCAGAAAAAUGUCCCUCUGCUAAUAUUCAUGUUCGUUUUCAUAUCAAAAGUCUGUCAAUUUGAACCCUCUAGCAUCUGAGCGAUCUGUAUCCAACCUGCAAAAAUAUUUUGCUGUUUAUACCUGUCAGUCUUUCUUUUCUCCCCCCUGCAUGUGUUCUGUUUUUAAUUUGACUCAAAAGCAUUUUAAUUUGAAAUCAAAUAGACAUGUUUGCAAAUAAAUGAUGACACAACACGUUUGAAAGGCAGGAUUGGGGAUCUGAGAUUGGAGGAUCCGCAGGAAAGGGUGGGUGUAAUUUUGUAGAACCCAAAUGAGAAAAAAGGCUUCGGAGCUUUUCCUUUGUGCCAGGCAUCUGGCCGAGAACUCCACGGGGUGCUUCAUGCACUCCCCACAACACUCUUAUUUUACAGAUGAGGAAAUUGGGGUGCCAAGGGGUUAAGGAACUUGCUGGAGCAUGGCCAUCCAGGACGUGCAGAACCCAGAUGUGACCCCCAGUAGCACGGCUCCUGAAUUCACACUGUGAAUCACACCGGACUCCUGCUUACAGUGGGGGGUCUUUGCUGUGAGUAAAUGGGAAUCCAAGUCCCAGGACAGCCUAUGCAGAGUGGGGACCAUUUCUCUUUACUCAUUUGGACCUGCCUGCCUGUGGAGAAGAGGGCAGCUGGUCAGCUGGGAGUCACCCCACUGCAGGUUGGGUGAUGUGUUGAGAGCCUUUCAUUGUUACUCUGGUGGGGGCUAGAGGGAAGGUGGGGCAGAGGAGGCAGAUGGACGAGAGGGAGGAAGAGAGAAAGAGAGAGAGCAAGAGGCAGCAAACUACUGAAAAUCACCCUUCGUUUUGUCCAUAAAAGCCUCAGAAACGGAAUAGGUUUCUUUUGAGAUGACAAGGCAACCAGGCUACGGCGAAGGAAAGAAGAAAGGACUGAAAGUAAAGUAAUCCAGCCUGAAAAGUGACUACAAGCCGUUCCUUUUGCUUCCGUGGAGCCUGCCGGCUUCCAAGGAAGGGGCAGGAGAGAUGGGGCCUCGUGAGCUGGCCCAAAGCCCUGCUCUGUCCCCGGGGGUGGCCCACUUCUAGUGGGCCAGGAAACAGGCCUCGGCUUGCAGCUGGGGAUCAGGAAGUCUGGGGCCUCUUUCUACAGCUUACUGGGAAUAGGCCAAGCUCUGGUAACUGCUUUUAAUUUUUUUGUAGACAAUUCUGUUUUUCUCCUUCCCUCCUAAUGGAAAUUCACCCUGCAAAACAGGACUGUGUGUGGUAAGGAGCUGCUCACCAUGUCCACCCUCAGGACUCCUGGAAAAAGUUCCCAGCUGGUGGUGAGGUUUGAGAGAGGCUGGUGCUUAUUUCACUAGCUCCUGAGGGGCAGAACUCACUCAGCUCCUUACCAAAUCAAAUGAAGGAGGUUCCAGGUCCCUAGAAGUUCUGAAAUGGGUGGUUUGUUUUGCUUCCUUCUGGGAUGGUACAAAAUGCUCAUUUAAUUAAAUUCAAGAUCCCCAAGGGCUUUUAAAAACAUCCACCUCCAGCUGUGCCAGGCAUGCUGCAAUUUGCCAGGAAGUUAAUCUGUAACAGGAAAAAGUACCCAUUUUCUUUUUAAAGACAUCUCAAUUAUUCCUUUGGGGCCCCCAUUUCACUCCCCUGUCUCCUGCUGAGGCUCAAGUGCCUGGGGAAGGUGGUCAAAAUUAUGUCCACUCAAGCUUAGCUUUAAGGAACUCUCAAAAGACAGGUCUGCACAGACUCUGCCCAUAACUUGAAAGCCGUUGCUCUGGCCCACUUCCCAAACUAUUGGAAGAGGAGGGGUUUACUAGUGAACUUAUUCAUCCACUUAUCUUUCCAUCUAUCCAUUCUAUCUAUCUAUCAUCUAUCUCUCUAUCUAUCUAUCUACCAUCCAUCCAUCUAUACUUACCUACCUAUUUAUCUAUCUAUACAUUCAGCUUUUCACUUGGAUUUUUCAGCUGUAUAAGACAACACAUUUCCCAUUUCAAACCAAAUUCAUCCAUUGAACAAAUAUUUAUUGACUUUCUACUCUUCUCUAUCAUUCAUUCAUUUAUUCCUUUUUUGAUUCACACAUUAAUUCAGCAGUUCCUGGGUGACUAUGCCAAACACAGUGUUAAGAAAAUGUGAAUAAAAGUGUGUCUUUGUGGGGGCAUAGCCUGGAACAGGGUGGUUCAGAGAGAUCUUUCAUGCCCAGGGAUUCAAGAUGAGCCUUCAAGAAUAGGCAGGAGUAAGCUAGGGAAAGAAGAUGGGUGAUUCAGGAGAAGAGGAAUUGGAGGUGUUUCAGGAGAAGGGACCCAAGAUUGGAGGCUGACUGGGGAUGAUGUGCAGUACUGGGGGAGCCUGAAGGGCAUGUCACACAUUGACAAGGAGGUGAGCCUUGACAGACAGGAUCAGAUCAUGGAGGGCUUAGUGUUUUAUA